CAUCGGCUCCAGGAACAACUUAAAAAGCUUACUAGCAAGUCAGAGAACAUUUAUCAAGUGAAAGAAUCAUCAGAUAUGACGGAGUGGGCAGAAGUGACGAUUGAAAAUAUUAAUCUGAGUCUGCGUGAGCGUCUCGGGAGAGAGUCACUGUCUGAGCCUAUGGAGUGGUUUUUAGUUGUCAUCAUCGAGGGAACAAAUGUUUGGGGAACUUCACUGGGACUUCGUCCCGUGGGCUCGAUGCUUUUCGAGUUCUCCCAGUUCCGGUGUAUCAUCGAUCACCUGAAGCCCGGUUUCAACAUCACCAUUGAGAUCUACAGCCUCAACUUAAAAUCCAAAGUCUUCUGCAACGACGAGGACAGGUCUCACACACUCAACUCCACGUUAAACAGAACCUGGACGUAUCUCUCCCCUACAAAGUUCUUCAGGCGAUCUGAGAGAUCCCCAAAAGUCGACCCCAAUCAGAAACUUCUCUCUUCCUCCUUCAUCAAGUCUGGACAUCUACAACUGGGACUUAAUGACUUGACACUGUCGUCCCCCUGGACACUAACAGCAGCCCCCCAUGAUUCUAUUCUCCGAGACAUCAUCGACCUUAAUUUGUCUUGCGUACUUCACUUGUCAGCCUCUCAUGAAGGAUUCCUGAACUUUGGAGAACCGUCCGGGGACUUCAUCAGCUGGAAUCGACGUUUUUGCGCCCUCAAAGGAUGCACCCUCAUGUUCUGGAAUUAUCCCAGGGAUCAGGAGACCAAACCCCCUCUCAAAAUCAUCGACUUGGCGCAAUGCUGCUCUCAGAAAAUUUCUGAGGUUGAUAAGGAACUCUGCACAAGAUCUCAAACAGUCGUCUUGGAGGUCCCGAGGUCCAGGGAACCUGGGGAUGUCGAUAGUCUUCUAGUGCAGUGCAAACAAACCCAUACUGUCCAGAGGUAUUUAUUGUCUUACGACAAUAAGAAAGAGUUGAUCGACUGGUCAUCGAAGCUGAAUAAUGUUCUCUCUACACUUCGAAAUUGGAAUGUCAGUUCCAUGAAGAGUAUUCGUAUAUCACCCGCAGCUGCUUCUCACCAAACCGAAAUUUUACGACAGUUGGGUUCUGUUUAGAGUGGUAAUAAAUUUGAGAAUAAUCAACUGUCCCAAUCGAUUCGAACAAAUAUUCGAAGAUGAUUGUUAUUUCAUUUUAACUCUCACUAUUAACAACGCAUCGGGGAAAUUCAAGAGUGGUACAUUGUUGUUGAAUAUUCAUCG